UUCCUCGGAUUCAUUUUUUCAAAUCCUAAUAAUUACAUGAAAAACAAAUAUCAACAUAUUUUUCAAAAUAUACACCCGCGCGCCUGCGCGGGUCAAAAUCUAGUUAGUUAUUAUAAGCUGAAAUUGUGUUCAUAAAAUAGAUUGGGAUAUGAUUUACACUAAAGAGGAUUUAAUUUGAUUAGACAAUCAUUCCAAGUUGACAUGUCGAGUAAAUUUUAUAUAUGUGUCAAAACAUCAACGAAUACAUAUACAGCCUUGAAGGAAAUGUGAUAUCCAGAUGAGUUAGGGUAAAUUUUAAGAUAUUAAGAGUCUUUUAUCAAUUUCGAAAUGUCGCCAGGCAGAAUAUGAGAAACCAUGUGAUGACUCGUGAUGAUUGCUUUACUUCAACUUGGUGACAGAGAGAUAAAUAAAAAGAAACAAAAGAUGAAAGCUGCUCCAGCAAACGAACUCGCAACUGAGUAAAGGCCAGAUCUAUUCUUCUUCGAUUCCCUUUUCUUUUCAUAUAUAAAUACUAGAUAUUGUUCCGUGCGACAUGCUGAAUAUAAUAACCUAAAAAAUGUCAAAGAUUUGGUAUUGUAACCAACUUAGAGUGCUAUCGUUGAGAGAACUAAAAAGCUAAUCGUUGACAGAACUAAUUACCGGAUGUUGUUCUACCUAAUGCAUAUAUACAUGCCAACUUUGACAAAUCAAUUUUUUGACAUGAUAUCCACCAAAUUGAUUGGACAUACUCGCUAGUUUAUCCACCUUUUUUAAUCCACACCGGAAUACUACAAUUAUAUAGUUUAGCAUAAUAAUCUGCAUUCAUUUGACAAAGUAUACUCAUGCGAGAUUAAUCAAACAUAAUUGGACGCUUAUUUAUAGUGUAUAAUCAUAUAAAUGUUUUCACAUUGUUAAUGGUAAAAGAAAUACUAUAUUUAUUUGUACACGGAACAAAAACAACUUGCGCUGUCAGCGCACAAUGGUCUGGAGUCCAACCGUAUUUUUUUUGGGUUAAUGUAGAUCUUUUUUGGAUAUUUCCGUCUAUACAUGUGUUUUCGUGCCGAUAUUCCCUUGGGAUUGAAAUACAUUUUAACUAUAUAUAUAUAUUUGUGUCUGAAAUUUGUUUUAAGAUAUUUAAAAUGAAUUUUCUAUUGAUAUUUUAGGCAUCCUAAAACUGUACCAGUGACAUCUUACUAACAUAUUAGCUCGAAAGAAAACAACGUAGCUUACUUUAUAGCACAGCUCCGUCUCCGCGUAUUUCAGUAUAUCUGCAUGCAUAAUAUACACAUACGCAGAUUUUAAUAUGUUUGCUGCUGACGUGAAAAGAUAAUAUAAGAUAUUAGCUUUGUUAUACAUUCACAUACUUUGAUGUUAUUUUGACAUAUAUAACAACAUUUCUGUUAUUCAAUACAGAAAAGAAACAGAAUUGUAUAUAUAAUACCAUUAUUAAACUUUGGAGCUGGAAGAGCAACUAGGGGUAUGAUAUAUCGCCGACGUAAAUAGAAUUAUAAAAAUCUGAAAUGUUACGUUCGCAAAUUAUACAUGUGCAUUAGUACAUUUUUUCGAAAGAUAUAAUAUAGAGUACAUGAAACACAAACACAUGGAUUUCUUAUAUAUACAACGACAUGGAUACAAAUCCACCAUUAUCGGGUAUUAAAAAAACGAAGACAAAUGUAAUGAGUGUGACAAUCAACCAUGUGAAGUCUUGUUUCUCUAUGACUAUACAUAUUAUCUCGCCAUCGAUGAGCUUGUGCUAACUGAAUUUCAAAGUAAAUGGAAUAUGGUAUGUUUGGGUUGUUAGAUCUCAUGUAGAUUAUAAUAAAUAAAAAGUCCACAGAAGAAUAUUUUAUUUGAUAUACCCAGUGGUAUAACAGUUUUGUACAGCUCGGAAUAUGCUUUUUCAAUCCUAAUAACCAGGAAUAUGCUUAGCAGAUAACACGAAAAUGUUUAUAAAAACUAAUGGAUGACUGAUUAUCCUAAAUUUACAAUAGAUUUAUUAUGUUUAGUCAAGUAAAUAUAAAGGGAUACGAAGAGAGAACUUUGGCAAGAUUCUACUCUUGUGUUGUCUCUUCCUGAUACACAUGAUCUGACUCUAUGGAAUCCGGUGAUUAAUAAAUUGUAGCUAUAUUACUACUAGCUUGGCAGGAAAUGUAUAUUUAUUUUUGUAAUGACGUAUUUUUACGUAUGAUAGGGAGAAAAAUCAGGAUACUUGUAGGAAGUUGUAUAUGUUUGGUCUCUGGUCAAAUACUCCAUCCGUUCAUAAAAGAUUUAUAUUAUAGAAAAAAAUUUGUUUUAAAAAGAUACAUAUUUUAUAUUUUCAAUGUAACAUUUGUCAACUAAUAAUGAAAAGUUGUGAAAUUCAAGAACAUUAAUUGUAUUUCUUAAAAUUUUAUUGGUUUAAAAAUUUAGGAAACAUAAAAUUACAAAAAAAUAUGUAUUUAUAGGUAAAUUUUAAUAUGUUUUAUUAAAAAAUGUGAAAAUCUUAAAACGUUGAUCUUUUAGGAACGUAAUGAGUACAAACGAUUUCUCAUUAUUGUAAACCAUUUAAUAUAGUGUGGUUAAUAAACUUACAAACAUGUAUAUAUUUGACCAAUAAAAGGUUCAUAAAUGGAGCUUCCGAGAAACAUUUAUGGGGGAGAACUGAAUUGUUCCAAUUCCGAAAGCUCCAUAAUAAUUAAGACUUCAAAGUUCAAAGCCAUUCAAAGAAGAGAACCACUUAGGUAAAUUAAUUGAGAAUAACUCCAGGUCAACUUCCACAUCAGCAAAUCAAUACACGUGGACCAAUGAUGUUUAAAAGUGCACGGAACAGUAAAAGUGCGGAUCCACGCGGUAUUUAUCUCAUAAAUGAAAUAAUUAUUUUUUUAUCCAAAUACCAAAAUAAACUCUUUUUCUGACAGUAACCACCAAUAGGUUUCGUGUAGUGAGAGACUAAGCGACCGGCUUCAGCGGGUAAAACAAAAUCCCAGAACCGCCCACAGCCGGUUGUGUGGUAAAUAUUUUCUUAUUCUUCUCGUUGCGGAAAAAAUAAUAAAUGGGGUUUAAGGCUUUUGUUUCCGGUUUUUUGGUUUCUUCUGAAAGGGUUUAAUGUCUCUUGUUCGUUGGUGUGAGAAGGUGACGAGUUAAAAAAAAACGAUAAAAACAAAAACAGAGGAUUGACUGAUCCCGAAAUCUUCAUUCCUAAAAGUCUUCGAAUUUUUUGUUUGCGUGAUCUGUAAUCAACUGGAGCAGAGAUUGUGUGAUCCAGGUUCUAGCUGCCUGAUUUGCUUUGUGUUUGGUAUAUGCAUCAACUGAGAGAUGGUGGUCAAGAGGAUGUUAUACAGUGACUUUGAUUUCUCCAGUUUUCCCAAGGCUCCUCGUUCAAUCAGGAGGAAGGUAUCAUCAAGUCAGAGGAGAGAUGAUGUUGACUGUGGGAUGAUGAGAGCAAUUGAUUUGCUCGCUUAUGUUGCUGAGAAGUUGCAGGAAGAAGAAGGCGAGACCUCCUCAAACUCUAUCAAUGCAUUCGAAGAAGGGUAUUAUAAUCAGAAUCGUUUGGCUGGAAAGAUCAAGCAAGAACAUCAAGCAAACCUUGCCUCAUCAAAGUCACCUAGCGAAAACGCUAGCGGCGUGUCUUUGGAGCAGACACAGGUUUCUGAUUGUAAGAGAGGCCGUGGUCUGAACCCUCUUGCAGGGUGCGGAAACAAGAAAGAGGAUUGUGAUUUUCAUGUUGAAUCAGGGGGCGUCACUGUGGAGACAUGUGUUGUUAAUAAUGUAGAUGCCGGCUUGGAAGACGGUGGCUUAAUCAGCUUAAAGGAUCCAAGUCAGUUACAUGUGCAGUGUCCCGAACCAGUCCACCUGGAUGGUGUCCCUAAUGAGUAUAGGAAUCGUUCUAAGUUAGUUUGCAGAGAUGAUGACGAAAGCUAUUGUGAAUACUAUAAAUGUAAAGACAAGUGUAAUAAGUCGUAUAGUCCUUCUCUGACAUGGGCUGGACAUAGAAGAGCAGUCCACAGGUCCAAGUGUUUUGAAGGCACCAAAACAGAUGGUUCUGUAAAGGCUUUGGACCGCAAGAGAAAGUUAUGUUGUCGUUACAGCCCACGGAAGCAUGAGACUCUUCAUAAGAAGAGAAGAUUGUCUGACAAAGGGUUGGUUGUAAAUUCUGAUGGAGGAAUCACUAGUGAGAGUGGUACUAAUUCAACUGAAAAGAGAGAAUCGGAAAAUGGUGUUCUCUCUGACGCAAUAGGUCUUCAUUCAGAGGACUCACGUGUAAAGUUCAGCAUCAAGUCCCUUAGGAUUCCGGAGCUUUUUAUAGAAGUUCCAGAAACAGCAACAGUAGGCUCACUCAAGAGGACGGUGAUGGAGGCUGUCAGUGCUUUACUCGAUGAUGGAAUAAGUAUAGGAGUGACAGUCCAAGGGAGGAAGGUUAGAGAUGACAACAACACUCUGUCACAGACUGGUCUUUCGUGUAGAGAGAAUCUAGGCAACCUUGGCUUCACCUUGGAGCCUGGUCCGGAAAAACUGAGUGUACCUCUUUGCUCUGAAAAUCCUGUCAUGUCUAAGCCAACUGAUUCCACUAAGUUGUCAGAAAGGUCAGCAGCAAAUUGUGUGGAGAAUAAUAGCCAGGAGUUAGUUCCAUAUCAGAUGGACAUAUCAGCUGAUGAACAACAACCUUCAUCAGAUUCAAGAGCGAUGGUUUCAGUUUCAGCCUUGGAACCUGAAGCUCUUGCUAUUGUCCCAUUUAAGGAGAAACCAAAGCGCACGGAGCUUUCACAGCGCAGAAUCAGGAGACCGUUCUCUGUUACAGAGGUAGAAGCUCUAGUAAAUGCAGUUGAGGAACUUGGGACUGGAAGAUGGCGUGAUGUGAAGCUGCGUUCUUUUGAGAAUGAAAGUCAUCGAACCUACGUGGACUUGAAGGAUAAAUGGAAAACCUUGGUUCACACGGCAAGUAUAUCACCGCAGCAACGAAGGGGAGAGCCAGUGCCUCAGGAACUGCUAGACAGAGUCUUGGCAUCGCAUAGGUAUUGGUCACAGCACCCACCGAAACAGAACGGGAAACAUCAAGAUGCUGCAACGAUGGUGACUGAGUCAGGUCCGUCCAUGUAAAGAAGGAGAAGGGUAAUUACAAUGACUUUCACUUGAAGACAAAGGAAGCAACGUGGGCAACUGUACAAAGAGCAUAACAACAGAUGCAUAGCUUUUUAUUUUUCAUUUUUUUUUCCAACUUGAGACUAAUUUUAAUCAUACCUGGCAGAAACAAGACAUCUGUUCAUUUCAGUUUCUAAUUGAUUUGAUUCUGUAAUAUAAUAUUGGUAUUGGUGGUAGGUUCUUGAAGACAUUCUUUUAUUUUUUUGGAUUUUUUUUUUUUUUGGAAAUAUUGAUAUGUAGUUUUAGACAAAUUCUUUUGUUGUUUGUUUAUCAUUCAAUCUAUUGCACAGUAUUUUUUUUUCCUUAGACCAUGCUUGAUCUAGAAUCUGUAUGUUAUGAAGUCUUUAUUCUUCGUUUCAAACUCUUUUGUUAAUCUAUAUGAUUUUCCUGAGCAUAUAGUCUCAUAGCCAACCUUUGUUGAGUAAUGCAUUCACCCACUCUCUCUCUCUCUCUCUUUGGGAUGAGAAAAUCUCUGGCCAAAUCCACCAGGCUGUUACGAGGCUGUUACUCCAAGUGCUCACUUACAGUUACUCCAAGUGCUCACUUACAGUUACAAGAUGUAGUCUCAUAGCCAACCUUUGUUCUAUUGCGAGGCUGUUACUCCAAGUGCUCACUUACAGUUACAAGAUGACUAGAGAAGGAGCUGUAAUAUAUAUAUACAACGCUUGGGGUUUCUGCUCAGUACUACCUCAAUCAAAGCAAACAUUGGUUGCAUUGCACCAUGAGGGACCGUAUCAUUUGAUUUCCAUGGAAGAACACUAUUGCAUUUCCAUAUCACCCCUUGAAUUUUGCUUUGAGUUUGAGUCUUCUUUUGUAUAAGUAGUUAACUGUGGCAAAGUUCCAGUUUUGUAAACUUCCUUAGGAAAAGCUUACUUUGUAAACGUUUUGGUAACAUUAAAAUGCAAUUUAAUCAAUUAAAUUACAGUCAUAUCUAUAAUCUAUUUAUCUUAUUAGAAAAGAUAGGUUCACUCUCUAUCUAAUUAUAUAUAGUAUCAUCAUACCAUUAACACAUAGGCACAUAGAGUCAUAAACGGAUAAGCGAGACGACGAAACAUUAAAAAACUAGAAACUGUUUUAUAAAAAAUUUAGGAGACAUACGUAUUUGGUGUUCAACCAUAUAUCUUUGUUUGCUACAUCAAAUAUAAUCAAUCCAGUUAGAUGGAUCACUCUAAAUACUCUUUUAUCAUUAGGUGAAUUACAUCAUGGAUUGUCCAUUGACUGUAUCUUGAAUUCAAAAUAACUAAAACAUAAAUUAGUUAUAUAGCUAAAAAUACAUUAUAUGUGGUUGUGGUUUAAAACACUAGGUUGCAAAGUCAUAAACUGGGUAUGCAGAAACGAACUAAAUGAACUCCUGACUAUAUCUAUCUAUAUAUAAAGCGAAUACAUACUGGAUCCACCAUAUAUUAUAUAUAUGUAUGUAUAUAUCAAUCAUCUUUACUACACAAAAUAUAAGCAAAAAAAACUUCACUCAACAAUCCGACUGUUACAGCCUAGUGCUUUUGAGAUGCAAGAUACCUUAGUGUGGCUGCCUGAGAAGUCGGGAUCAUAUUCCACAAAGUCGGGUUAUGCGCUGGCAAAAUUACAGGGCAAUGGCCAAGAAUCAGAAGAGGCUCUUCACCAUUUUAUCUGGAAAACAUGUGUCUGGAGCAUAGCAACUUCACCUAAGCUAAAGCUCUUUCUAUGGAAACUAUCACACAAAGCCUUAUCAGUGGGUGACGCUCUGGUACGACGAGGCAUUAAUGUCACUGGGGAGUGCAAGCGGUGUGGUGGAAGAGAGAGUGAAAUCCAUGCGUUCUUUCAAUGCCCGUUUGCUGCAAAAGUGUGGGAUCUCUUGCCCGCUCUACAUAAGCCCCUCGCCUCCACUGCAUCAAUCUUACAACUUCUUGAAAGAGGUAAGCGCAUUAUCAAUCUUCCUCCUUCGGGAGUCUCGCAGCCGCUUUACCCCUGGAUAUUAUGGAACCUAUGGACUAGCAGAAACCAGCUUCUGUUCGAAGACAAGAAUUAUUCAGAGCUGGAGGUCCUCAACAAAGCUAUCCGAGAUGCACGAGAAUGGAGCUGGGCUCAACCACUCAGCUUGCAAAAACCUUCGACUAACAUAGCCCCCCCACCGAGUAUAUGCAACGAUCCCUCUGUCUUACUCUGUUUUACAGAUGGUGCUUGGGAUGCAGGUUCGAAAAAAUGCGGGUUGGGAUGGGCUUUCAAAGACAAGGCGGGUUUGCUUCGGGCGCAAGGUUCUGGUGCAAGGGGCUAUGUCAAUUCCGCUCUAAUGGCAGAAGCUCUAGCACUUAAGAUGCGAUCUCGGCUGCAAUCCAUUUAAGUUUCCUCAAUCUGAGGUGCCUCUCAGACUCUAGUAGUCUCAUCUCUCUGCUCACCACAGAUUCCUCUGUCACUGAGUUCCAAGGGAUCCUCCACGACAUCCGCGUGUUGAGUAGUUCCCUUUUAUCUGUUUCAUUUGCUUUUACGCCUCGAGCUUCAAAUGUAUGUGCGGACGAUUUAGCCAAAUCAACCCUACGCUUGUUUGUAAACUCUCCUCCUCUAAUGGAGUAACUCUGGUUAUUUUGGAAUUAUGAAUGAAUGUUUGAUCAAAAAAAAAAAAAAAAAAACUUCACUCAACAAAAUCAAAUUUCGAUGCAGAUGACUGACAUAUGUUUCCAUGUGUUGGACGUAUGAAUUACACUACGUCAAGAACAAUCGAAAACAUGUUCACAAAUUGGUUUUAGAAUGUUUAUGUAAAAUGAUUAUAGAAAUAUAUGGAACUGAUAUGGUGUUCUUGAAUAAGAUGUUUAAACUUGUCACUUAAAAUCAGUUUUUGCAAAUAAUUGAAAUAACAACUCAAUGAAUCCUUAAUCAAAUAACAUCCAAGAAAUCUUAAAUAUUGUGGUCCUCAAAUUAAAAACACAAAUUUAAGACAGGUAAAUUUCCUUUUGUCCAAGGUACAAAAGAGCAUUCGCAAAGAGCAGAUCAUUAGUCGUCGAGGACGAUGACCACUGGCUUCUUAAUAGCCAGAUGCUUUCCAAUGCUUGUGAGAACCUGCUCCACUAGGUACCUGAAUUUGUACUCUUUCCCCUUUGGAUCGUAAUAGUACUGCACAAAAUUAUAUGAAAAUGAAAUGGUGUUUUAUAUAGAAUAUGAAAAACCUUCAAACAGGGAGUAAAAAAUGUGGGAGAAACAUUGCAAAGAACGCGUUGACAAUGGCAAUAAGAAAUAUUUUUUUUCUAAUAUAUAGCUUAGUUCCACAUAAUGAUAACAAAUAAACCACUGACACUUUAUCCAGAAACAAUACCACUAAGUUUCAUGAUAUAACUUGUGGUUGUUUUAGGGCACCCAAGAGCAAAAGGUUUUCCAUCACAAAACACAUAGUAUUAGAUCUUAGAACCUAAAUCUACUAUGUAGAUCUCACAGGGGCAAUGAUUUGUUUUAUUAGAAAUCAGUCUAUCGCUUAGUUCAACAUACCUAUAAGAAAUGAACCACUAAUUGUCAUCACAUAAAAUAUAGAUCGAAAGAAAACAUUACCCGGUAAAGUCGGCCUGACAACAUGAUGCGACGCUCCUCGACGAGCCAGCCAUUGUAAAGCCAGUUGUAUUGAGGAUAUGUGUUAUCAAAGACGGCUGAGUAAGCUCCACGAAUUGUGUUCAAUGGCCUUUUACGUUUUUUCUCCACAAUCAUAUAUGUCUUUCUCCCUUCUUUCGACAAUUGCACCACGCUUUGUUCAUAACUGAUGACCUCCGUUUUUCUUAUACCCUUCUUCCUCUUUGGCCUGGCGCUAGAACUGCUACCUGCACCCAUCUCCAUAGAUUCUCCUCUCUUUAUUUUUUUUACCUGUCUUGUAAUUUUUUUGUGGUUGAUGGUAUUGCUUAAUGCCCAUAUAUAUAUAAGGAUAUUUUGUUACAGUCAAACUGCAUCUUAUCAUGUUUGACAUUUGUUACUCCCUCAUUGCUCCAUACAAAAAUCAUAUCUUCGAAAUGUACACAUGUAUACAUUCACAGUCAAAUAUGCGUUUUUUUCUUCCUAAACAAAUAUUUUCUAACCUUUUUUAACCUUACAAAAAAUAAAAUAUUAUCAAUUUAAAAAAUAGUUUUUAAUUGUCAUGUGUGUAUUUUGUGUUUAAAGGUAAUAAUAAAAAAGACGGAAAAGAUCUAGCAUAUUCUUGAGUACAAAUCUAGCUAGUGUUUUUUUAAAAGUUAAUAUUAUUAACAGGUAUUAUUACAGCGUAUUUAUUUUGUGUUAAAAGAUAAUAAAUUAAUAAUAAAAUUGAAAGGAAAAAAUAUAGCAUUUUUGGUCAAAUCUAGCAUUUGUUUAAAGGGUAAUAAUAUAUAUUAAGAGGUAUUAUUACAACGCGUUUUGUGUGUUAAAAGGUAAUAUUGACUUGUAUAUCUUUUAUUCAAAAGGUCAUACUACCAUUGACAGAAAAUAUAUGUUUUCUUUUUCUGAUAUUUCGUUAUAUUCAAAUUAAUUGAUUUUUUUUUUAAAAAAAAUUGUUUUUUUUUGAAAAAAUAUAUAAAACCAGUUUCUAUUGAAUGAGAAAUAAAAAACUUUAAUAGGAUAUAGGCCAGAUUGUAAAAUGCGCACAUCUUAACCAAUUAAACAGUGAAAUAGUGUUUGGUUAAAAAAGUCGUGUGUUACUAAAACUCAAAAACUUAUUCUUUUUAAUAGAGAAAUCGAAUAAUCUAUGUGUAUUCACCCAAUUUGAAUGCGAUAAUUGAAAAAAAAAAACAAUGAAAAGAACCAAAAAAGUAUAAAAACCUAAUCAAAAUAUGGUAGAUUAAAAAUUGUGUUACCCUUCAUCUUAGGGAAACUUAGAAGAAUUAGGGAUAUUGACUCAAGAAGGACUCAAACACCUAAUUUCUAACUGUUGCGGCGCGGUGAUGCUUUGUCAAUCCUAGUUUUUUUUUAACACCAAAUAUUUAUUUUAAAAUUAAAAAUUUGAUGGACUAAAUCGGUUAUAAACGGAGAGAUACUCUAACGAGUGUCAUUUUCUAGCUAAAUAUAUUGUAUGGAACCAAUAACAGUCCAAUAAGAAAACCUCGAAAACUCCCAAUUUUUUUUCCUAUUCGUUUGAUUUGAUUGGUCCGGAACAACCGAAUGCGUUGCACUUACCGAGAUUCCGAACAUUAUAGAUGGUUAGAAAAAUAUGAAAAAAAGAAGAAGAUGAUAUUCCACUUUGUUCCCUAAAAAAAGUCACCUUUAGAAAAUGUUUUGUCAAAAUGUAAACAUGUGGGGAAUUUUGAAAAAAAAAUUUUAUGUGGUAAGUUGUAACAAAAUAUUUUUUUAUAAUAAAAUAUUAUUGUACUGCGGGCGUUUAAGGGUUUUUGGUGUAAAAGGUAAAGGGAAGCCGAAGAAAAAAGGUUUAACGGCGCCGGAGAGGGGGUGGGAGAUGAGUGGGGCUGGAGUGCCUGACUUCUUCUACAGAGAAGCUCAACGUCUUGGCUAUGUCGCUCGUUCCGCUUUCAAGCUUCUACAGAUUCAAAAGCAGUACAAGCUCAUCAAACCAGGCUCCUCUGUUCUUGACUUAGGUUGUGCCCCUGGUGCUUGGCUUCAGGUUGCUUGUCAAAGCUUAGGUCCGCUUAGAAGUGGUGGAAACGUCGUUGGUAUGGAUAUAAAGAAGGUGAAGGUUCCUCCACUGUGUGAUGCUCGAGUGCAGACCAUUAGCGCCGAUGUUUUAAACUUCCCCAGACAAAAGAUUAGAGAGUUAUCUCCUCAGCAUAUGGGGUUCUCAGUGGUUCUAUCAGAUAUGUGUCACUCAGUAACUGGAAUUACCAGUAGAGAUGCAGCUCUCUCUGCUGAACUGGGAAUGCGAGCCCUUAAUUUGGCUGUUGGUCAAGCUGCCAUCUCUAAGUCACUCGAUGAUGAUGAUGAUGAAGGAGGUGAUGAGGAGAGUCGUGUUGGUGUGCUUAGGCAUGGAGGUCAUCUUGUCAUCAAGCUUCUUGAAAGCGAGGAUGCUCAAGAUUUUGCGAGGAUAUGCAAGCCAAUCUUUAACAAGGCAUCUUGGUUGAGGCCAAAAGCUACAAGACCAUCAUCUCGAGAGAUCUACUUGAUUUGCCAGGGCUUUCGUUCAUAAAGAAAAAAGCCUUUCAUAUACUACAAUGAAGACUCAACUACAUUUUUUUUAAUGUAGUUUAUAAAGGAUCAGAAAAAAAUAAUAUAAAGCAGCAUCCAGAUUUUG